AUGGGUUUUAUAAGCACAGUGUUGGGGAUUUUUGGGUUUGGGACAGGGAUCGCUAUUGGGCUUGUGAUUGGGUACUUUUUGUUUAUCUACUAUCAGCCAACUGAUGUAAAGGAUCCUGAAAUUCGUCCGUUAGCUGAGAAAGAUUCUAAAAGUUUGCAGCAGCUGCUCCCAGAAAUACCCGUUUGGGUUAAAAAUCCAGAUUAUGAUCGGAUUGAUUGGCUGAACAAAUUCAUUGAGUAUAUGUGGCCUUAUUUAGAUAAGGCAAUUUGCAAGAUGGCAAAGAAAAUAGCAGAACCCAUCGUAGCCGAGCAAAUUCCAAAAUAUAAAAUUGAGUCGGUCGACUUUGAGAAACUGACUCUGGGCAGCUUACCACCUACGUUCGAAGGAAUGAAAGUAUACAACACGGAGGAGAAGGAGUUGAUAAUGGAACUUGGCUUAAAAUGGGCCGCGAACCCAAACAUCCUUGUUGCUGCCAAGGCAUUUGGACUGAAAGUUACUGUCCAGGUUAUUGACCUUCAAGUAUUUGCCAAUCCACGUAUCACAUUGAAGCCACUAGUUCCAAGCUUCCCCUGUUUUGCUAAUAUUCAUGUUUCCUUAAUGGAGAAGCCUCAUGUUGAUUUUGGAGUAAAGCUGCUUGGUGUUGAUGCCAUGUCUAUUCCGGGUUUAUAUAGAAUUGUGCAGGAAAUAAUCAAAGAUCAGGUUGCAAACAUGUAUUUAUGGCCGAAAAGACUUGAAGUUCAGAUAAUGGAUCCAGCAAAAGCAAUGAAGAAACCAGUUGGGAUUCUUAACGUUAACGUUAUCCGAGCUAUAAAACUGAAGAAGAAAGAUCUUUUAGGGGCAUCAGACCCUUAUGUUAAGCUCAAACUCUCUGAUGACAAGCUCCCGUCCAAGAAAACCACAGUCAAGCACAAAAACCUUAAUCCCGAAUGGAAUGAGGAAUUCACUUUUGUUGUGAAGGACCCUGAAACUCAAGUCUUGGACCUCACCGUGUACGACUGGGAGCAGGUUGGUUCACACGACAAGAUGGGGCUGAAUGUAGUCCCACUAAAAGAUUUAACACCCGAUGAACCAAAAGUUGUGACUCUUGAUCUCCUAAAAAAUCUAAACCCAGAUGACGUUCAGAACGAAAAGUCGAGAGGCCAACUUGUGGUUGAGGUCAACUACAAACCAUUCAAAGAUAAUGAGAUUUCAACUAACGUCGAUGACCCGAACGAGGUACAGAAGGCUCCCGAAGGUACACCUGAAGGCGGUGGCUUGCUCGUGAUUAUAAUCCACGAAGCUCAAGACUUGGAAGGAAAAAACCACACGAAUCCAUCCGUACGCGUCUUGUUCCGUGGGGAAGAAAAGAAAACCAAGGUUGUGAAGAAAAAUAGGGAUCCGAGAUGGGAAGAGGAGUUUCAGUUCAUGCUUGAUGAGCCCCCAACAAACGACAGGGUUCAUAUUGAAGUAGUUAGUACUUCAAAGAGAAUGGGCCUAAUACACCCUAAGGAAAUUUUGGGUUAUGUGGAUAUAUACCUAUCGGACGUUGUGAACAACAAGAGGAUCAACGAGAGGUAUCACCUUAUCGACUCUAAAAACGGGCGAAUUCAGAUUGAGAUGCAAUGGAGAGCUGCAUCUUGA